AUGGCAACCUCUGCCGAAACACCCGCAGUAAAUACUGCUACACUCAUCAAGAAAUUGUUCACACUAUUGAAUAGAUUAUGGCCCGGAGAGUGCUUUACAGAAGAUCCUUUCGAUCAAUUUCAAAGUUAUCUCCAUAAGUUUCUGUACGGUGACAACAUAGAAUUGGACGAUACAGAAAACCCCAAAGUGCUUUUAACACAUGAAAAUGUUUCCGACAAUUUGAGAAAUUAUGUCGCUGGGAAUUUCAUGAGAGCUGAAUUAUUUAACAAUAAAAGAGGCGUUCACCUCCCUCCGCUAGAACUAGUGCAUCGUGGACAUUCUGAAUUAAAUAUAACGAGAGAUUUCAUGCAGACGGCUGUUAAUGCAUUCGCCAUCUUUCUUUAUGGCACUCUUUCGGAUAUAGCGCGAUUACCAGCUGAUUACAUAAUAAAAUCUGCUCGUACGAUUUCAAUGAUGAAGAUAGCCCGAGAAAAGCUUGCAGCUACUUGGCUAGUGGUACGUCGAGGCAAACCUACCCGCUUAAUCACGUAUGAUACCUUAGAACGGUACCGACCAUUGUUUAAAUACGUUACUGGGAGAGAAAUGGCUAGACUUAAUUUAAGCGAUGAAAGGAUUCUGACUUAUAUUGGCACCCACGCUGAUCUGGACAGACAUCAGGUAGGCGUGGUAGCUAGUAAGUACAUUAAAAUAAACAAGUAUUGGUCGGAGCCAAGAUAUUUAAACCUCAUGAAUAACUUACUGUGUGGAGUCCCGAUGACCUUCAUGAGAAAAAUCCCUGAGAACACAUACUUACAACUAUCGCAUCAGGUCUUUUAUCAUAUUCGAGCAUGUGAUCCUUUACAACGUCGAUUUUAUUAUGCAAUGAUGAGCAAGACGCAGGCGUUCGGCAAAUCAUACAGUUGGAAUGCAAGAGAUGUUUCGCGAUUAGGCCUACUUUUAGCGGAAGUGGACGGUUCAGAUUUAAGUGCUAUUAACCCUGAAGCUAUGGCAGGGAUUACUGCUCAAGUGAUGAUGGCAAUGUCACCGCUAAGCUUGCAAUAUUUAUCGGAAUUGCAAUUGCAAUAUAUUGGACCAAAGCCUCUAAACAUACUCGCCCGAAAAGUAAAGGCUUAUUACGACCAACUACAUUCCAACGACAAAGGAAUCCAAAAGAUACCCGAUAUAUUGCUCUACGUUAUUAUAUUUUUGAGUAAAAUAUACCAAGAAUAUAAUUAA